AUAAUCGAAAAUGGCCGACUUACACACGUUGGGAUUUAUUGGGACGAUAGAAGAAGAUGAAGAGAUCGAUGUGGCUCAAGAAUCUUCAGCUAGUGAAGAUGAGGGUACAUCGGUGAAGCAGCAGCAGAAGAAGAAAAAAAUAGGAAACAAUGAGUUCAACAGCUUCUUCUCAUUCACAGAUCAAUAUGACAUUGCAGACACAUUUGAUCCAGAUGUUGUGCUCAAAAUGGCCAAGAAGAGAAAAUCUGCUUCGUCCCUUGAUGACAAAAUAGCUGAAGCUAGAAAAAAGAGGAGGAAAGCGGAUGCUGAUGAGAAUGGUAAUGUUAACAACAAGGCUGGUAGUGAUGAUGAAGUGGAAGAAGAUAUGGAGAGUUCCUCAGAUGAGGAUGAAGAUCUCAAACCUGACAUGAUUAGAACAAAAGAGAAAAAGAAGAAGAAAAAGCAGAAAAAUGUUGCUGAAGAGGAAGUUGAGAGUGAGAAAAUUGAGUUUUCUGAAUCGAUUGAUUCCUUUGAUGAUACAAUUCUUUUUCAAGACAUGCAUAUAUCCAGACCCUUACUGAAGGCUCUUAGCACAAUGAACUUUGUGCGUCCCACCCCAAUUCAGUCAUCCACUAUCCCUGUGGCUCUGCUGGGUAAAGACAUCUGUGCCUGUGCUGUAACAGGGUCAGGUAAGACGGCAGCAUUUAUGUUACCGAUCCUGGAGAGACUUCUGUACCGUCCGAAGCAAACAUCAGUGACCCGUGUGUUGAUCCUAGUACCCACACGUGAGUUGGCGGUACAGGUUCAUACUGUGGGGAGACAGCUGGCCCAGUUCACAAACAUCGACCUGUGUCUCUCUGCUGGUGGGUUGGAUGUGAAGAGCCAGGAAGCUGCACUAAGGAUGGGUCCAGACAUCGUUGUGGCUACUCCUGGACGACUGAUUGACCAUCUCCACAAUGCCCCCAACUUCAGCCUCAGUAAUAUCGAGAUCCUUGUGUUGGAUGAAGCAGAUAGGAUGUUGGAUGAGUACUUUGCAGAGCAGAUGAAGGAGAUUAUUCGUCUGUGCAGUCUACAGAGGCAGACCAUGCUGUUUUCCGCCACCAUGUCAGAGGAGGUGAAGGACUUGGCAGCAGUGUCCUUGAAGAACCCAGUGAAAGUCUUCAUGAAUGAGAAUACUGAUGUCGCUCUCAGUCUGCGGCAGGAGUUCAUCAGGAUACGUCCCAACCGAGAGGGUGACAGAGAGGCCAUUGUUUCAGCGCUGGUGACCCGCACCUUCUGUGACAAGUGUAUGGUGUUCAUACAGACCAAGAUCCAGGCACAUCGGAUGCACAUCAUUCUGGGGCUCCUCGGUGUGAAUGUCGGGGAACUACACGGCAAUCUCUCACAGGCCCAGAGAUUGGAGACCUUGAAAAGGUUCAAGGAUGGGGACAUAGACGUGAUGCUGGCCACUGACCUGGCCUCUAGAGGACUGGACAUUGAUGGGGUCAAGACGGUGAUAAACUUCACAAUGCCAAACACCGUCAAGCAUUAUGUUCAUCGCGUCGGGAGAACGGCCAGGGCUGGGAAGAGUGGACGAUCUGUCACACUUGUGGGAGAAAAAGAGAGGAAAAUGCUGAAAGAUAUUGUGAAGAAGGCCAAAACGCCCCUGAAGAGUCGAGUGGUGCCUAUGGAGGUGAUCAGUAGGUUCCGAGACAAGAUCGAUGUGUUAGAAGAGGACGUCAAGGAGAUCAAGCGUGAGGAGAUUGAAGAGAAGGAGAUGAAAGCAACAGAGAACAAGAUCAACAAAGCCAAGAACCUGCUGGAGGCAGAUCAGGAUGCCCGGAGUCGAGGGAAGAGGACCUGGUUCCAGUCCCAUGGGGAAAGAAUGGCAGAGAAAGAAUCACUUAGACUGGGAGAUUUCUCGAAACAAAAGAAGGGAAAGAAAUCAACUGCAAAGAAACUUACACCGGAAGACCGUGUAGGUUUUGAGAUCACCAAGUCUCAGAUGUAUGCAGCUAAGGUCUCCAAGAAGAGCAACAAGCCAAAGAGAAUACGCAUGUUUAAUGACAAUGAGGGAAGUCAAGGAACCAAACCCAAAAUAAAGAGUAAGAAGAAAUCCUCUUUUGACCUGGAACUUACAAGUACUGGGAAGUCUGCAGUCAAGAAGUUCCGUGCUGGACCAUCCUACCAGGAACGCAAGGACUUGGGACUGGUGGGGAAGAAGAAGAAGGGCGGUAAUCCACACAGUAAUAAGCAGCCGCAGGGAAAGAAGCUGCAGGGAAAGAAGCCGCAGGGCAAGAAGCCGCAGGGCAAGAAGCAAUCACAAAAUAAAAAGAAAAGGAAACACUGAAGCCAUCUGUCAAGCAAUUUUUGAGUGUAUAGUUUGUAAAAUAAACAAGAUGUAUCAUA